AUGUCAGACACGAUCCCAUCUUACCCCGAAUAUACUCUGCGUCCUGUUGAACAACAAGAUGGCAUCGCUUACUAUAGUGCAACUAAUACUCGAGGAUAUUCUAUCCUCGACAGGAAUGGGAACCCCGUCCGCUUCCCAUUGCCACCGCUGCCUGUACGUGCAAAUGGCACAAGGGUCCCACCAGAUGCUGCCAUAGUGAGGACAAGGGCAGCUCACAGGCGGAUGAUUCGGAAAGCUCGUCAAGAAAGGGCCCAGUUCCUCUUUGACCUCUGUUGCUUUACAAUUGUUGGGAUCAUUGUCGCUGUUGUGUUCGUCUUUAAGCCAGAGUGGUUGAAUGCCUUCGUAGACAUGGUAAAUUUGGUAGCUUUCAAGUUGUUCGGCGCAAUGGGAGAGCUGGUAGUUGCAGGGGCCAAUGCUCUCAUAGAGGACUAG